UCAUCCGUAGAUUGCUUUCGGCACCAGUGAGAUUGGAUGUGCGUGGAGAGGUGAUCGCAAUGGCCACUCGCAGUCUUCACUUGAUGAUAUUGAACGAGGUGGUCGAGUUCAAAGCGGUGUGGACUACAUUGGGUCAAGAGCUCAGCAUGCAAACCAGGGAGCUGGCACAAGCUGCCGUUUGCAGACUGAUGGGGUCCAUGGCUGAGUUGCAAGGAGAACAGUUGCCAAGUCGCCAAGACGAGGCACUGUAUCAUGAGCUCAUUUCCAGUUUAUUCAGGAUGAUCUUCUCACAGCCUGCGAGCAGCACCACCGUCAUCUCAGCAGCGUACGAGGCGCUGUCCUGCUUUCCCGUGGAGUGUUUCCAAGCGUCAAUGCUGCCCCCUGCACACAUCCAAGCCUUACUGGACACUGGGCUACUGAAACCUGCCAGCAGCCAAGACGCGGCCGCCGCACAUGAUUCCACCGUGUCCUCUACACAAGCCCGCAGCAAUGGCAGUGGUUGCAAGACGGCAUCGAAUGGAGCAGCUUCUCCAUGGCCUGCUCCUCCGUCACAGGAUCAGUUCGGUGCUCAGCCCAUUCCAGCCGAUGCACUCUCAGCGCUAAUGGUCUGCAACGUUGGAGCUACAGACGGUCACGCUAAGUUCCUUGCUCACUUGCUGCAACAUGAACUGAAGACACAGUCACGUGGUCCAGCCUCCAAUGAUCGCUGCCGUCCUACCAACAACAACAACAUCAGUACCGUGAAAUGUGUUGAUGCUCGACUAGUGCGUGUUCUCGGCAACGUGCCGAAAUCAUUGCUGAAGCUGUACGAAUCCUGCAAGUCACCGGCAUCGCUACCAAGCCUGGCAGCUGGUUUGCUGUCCUGUCAUCAGCCUAGUUCUAUAGCGAGUAAGGCCAGUCGUAACGCGACCACCGACCGUCACCUCAUCCUGCUGCAGAAUCUCCUCUCUCAGAUUGCACCGCCUGCUCCCAAUGCUGGUACUAUGGAUAUCCUGGGUCUGGCUGAGAAAUGGUGUGCAUUCCUGCGUCGUCUCUUUGCACACCUGAUCCAGGUGAACCACACUGACGAGGAGAGCCUCGUCAACAAGCUUCAGGCAUUUUCUGGGGCACGUGACAAGAUAUUUGAUGUGUUACAGAAGGGGUCCAGGCUGGGUACGAACAGUCUCUUCAACAGCACCCUGGCACUGACCCAGUUGUACCGCGUGACUUGUGAUUUCUGUAACACUGAUCUUCCAGUAUCAAUCUAUCCACGCCUCCGGAGCUGGAAAGCCAAGAUGAUAGCGACGAUGAUGAACAUGGCGUCGGACAAGGUGAUGUGUGCUGGAGGUGUCUUUGCCAACGAGCAGAUCUUCAGCUGGGGAACACAGGGACAGGUGAGCAAAGGCAAACACGGUGCCCUCUGCCUGAGUGCACUGUUUCUUGGUGUGACCUCUCUAUGCCAUACACUGGUGGGAAGAGACUGGCCAGUACUGAAGAUGAUCACUGAUACGCUGUCACAACACUGUGCUAAACUACCUGGCGCUGGCACACACCAAAUGAUAGCCGCCCUUGACUACGGUGAUAAUCGUCUCUUGCACCUGGUCCUGCCCUUCUCUAUGGGUACACUCUUCUCGGCUAUGGUCACAACGCGCGUUUGGGUCGUGGAAGGAGUGCGCGGUAUGAAGUUGUUCGAGGAAGCUCGGGAGCAGUAUUUAUCAGCAUUCGCUGCACACAGGGAUGGCGCUACGCUUGUUGCCGGCCAAGUUGUCACCGAUCUCUUGAAGAACACUCAAAACAAAGAGUUGACGUUCGACAAGGGUCUCACCAUCUGCUCCAUGCUGUUAUCACGUGCCGAAGGUCUUUUCGACGCGGAAAAGUCGAAGACUGAAUUGUCAAGAUUCGCCAAGGAGGCUUCCCUGUACUCCUGGUCAGUGUGCUACGCAUACCUGGUAUCGCAUGCACUGGACAAGCUCACUGAGAGAGACCAGAUGCUGGCCAAUACUCUGCUGGUAGCUGAUAGUGGUGCCAUUACUUCGCCACUGGUGUCCAAGUCACGCAUGCUGUGUUUGAUGGCACUGUCCUUGCUUGGAGAGAAGACGUCACAGUCCGUGCUAUCCAAUACAUAUGACCAGCUGAAAGACACUCUACGUAGUGCUGGUAAUCUCUCUGCUGGCAGCGGUCUCCUGCAAUCUUGGGAAUGUCAAGUUGCCAGUAUGCAAGUAUUACUUGGAGAGAAUCAUCUCAUGUGGCGAGAAGAGAAAAAACUGCACAUCAAAGCAUGCCCGGUACCUGCAUAUGAUCUGGUGAAGGGCUUGGACACGGCGAGACACAGCGCCGACACAUCUUUCUCAUCCAUCGCGGUGCAAGCUGUUGGUGAAGUAUGGUAUCAGCUAUACGAAGAGAACUCACUACAGGCCUUGCACAAUCCUGAUGAAGAGUCCAUGGCGGUUCGGUCGAAGUCGAACGUCCAAUCUGUUCUGCAACAAAUUGUUGCUCAGCUUUCAGCCCUCACAAGUCAAGUAACCAUUCCUACUCGUACAGGUGAUGGCGUUGUCAACACAAUGCUGUGGCCGUGUAUUCAUACACUGCUACGAUCGCUGUGCCAAGCCGUGGAAAUCCCACCCACAUUCGAAUGGUCAUCGGUCAUGAUCAAACUGCUAAGAAUGUCGUCCGCUCCUGGAGAUGUUCAUAGCGAGUGCCUGACAAUACUGUUGAAGAGCUACGCUAAAGAAUACGACAGCACCAUGCUGGUCAACCUGAUCACCGACGGAACGUUUCUCAAGUUUUCUCUGGAUAAUCAGAAGCUUCUCCUGUCCAGGCUAUACAGCGGGAAGUUACCGAGUGUAGAAUUAAAGUGCCUGUGUGCAUCGCUCGGAGAGUUAUUUGCUGACAGGGAGAAACACCAGUGUGCGGCCUUCCUGCCCGAGGCCAUCGCGAACGUCUGGAGCUCGUGUCGCGAUCACACCGACCACGGCGAGAUCGUCUGGGAAGAUCUUCUCUGUCCUGUGGUGACGCAAUGGAUCAACUCUAACGAGAGCAAGGUUCUCUCUGAUCUGAUCUACUUGUCACCAAGCCUGAUGAGGGCAUACAGCCAGGAGGCCGCCAGGAAAGCCAAUCAUCACCAGUCUGAGGUGUUGACGUUGCGCAUGUUUGCGUUCAGAAUGCUUGAAGCCAUGCACUCAGACAAUGGCGUUGGACCGUUGCUCAUGGCGGUGGAAACUGUAGUGGAUAACUGCCCGGAUGAUCAAAUAGUGGACAUGAUCAUGUUGCUAAGCAGCCUAGCGUGUCACAGGCAAACAUCCGCAUUCUCUACUUCGCUACUGCAAGUGUUGGAACGCUUGAGCUCUUCAAAGCGAUCGACAACACAUUUGAUUGCUGAUAUGAUCAUCUCCUGCUGCUCAUCUCUCCUUCAAGCUGUCAACAGCGGUGUCACUAUCACCGCCACCCUCACCUCUAGCGGCAGUAGCAGCAGUGGCAAGACUUCAUCACCAGCAUCUAAUCUGCACCCUGACCACCCUGACCACCAGCAGCAGCAGCCCCCUCUGGAUAGCUUACUCCACAACAUGUUACUAGCGUCCGGUGGUGACAAGCAAUUUCUUCUAUCCGCAUCUAGACUAGACCAGCAUGCCACAAGGUUCUGGCUCGCCGAUUGGUUUAUGCGCACUGGCUGUGAAUGUCUGCCCAGUUCACUGACAUCACUGGCUGCUGUUCCGGCCAUGUCUGUGUUUCUGAAGGCGCUUGGCCAUGUGCUCGGUGCACUGGAGACAGCGGUUAGCGAGCUCAACCGUGAUGCUAUUUGUCUUUCCAGUCUCCGUGAUUGUCGCAGAGUACUUGCUGCAAACAUGCCGUCCAAUGCUUGAACUAUUUGUUUUUACACGCCUGAGCGGAGCGAAAGAGUGCAAAAAACGUAUUUUUUACUCACAGAUAUUUUCAUGUGUUUGCUCUUGUUAUACGCAACUCCGUUGAACCUGCCAUCGUGGUCUUUGUUUUUCCUCGUGGUAGUUGAAGUUGCCCACCCACCCACCCUGGUGUUAUGGGGGUCUUCCGCUGUUCUUCUUGAUAUUCUAUGCCGAUGUGUGUGGCUUAUGAUUAUGACAUACACCGGUUAUUACAUACAAUUUCUUGUUGUCUCUAUUCUUGGGUCUGACUGGCAGCGGGGCAGGAAUUAAUAAAUUAGAAAGGUUUUUUUGGCCGAAAGGCGUGUUUUUCCUCUAGCCCGGUUGAGCGGUCGCGGCUAGGAAUGUAGGGAGUCAUUGUUUUCAGGCGCUCCCCUGCUGCCCAGUCACCCAUGCCGUUUUCACUUGAUUUUGCGAUCUUUUCUGAGUUUUCUCCCGCUUGCUGGCGGUUCGUUGAUUGAUGAUUUAGAUGUUUUGGGCUAUUUAUCUAUUAUGUGGCUGCGAGUGUGGUUUUUGCUUCUACUCAUUUCUGGAAAACCACUACGGUGGUGAGUGUGAUUGCUCUGGUAGACCACUACCCCACGUACUGAACAGUUGCUUUGUGAGUGAAAAAGACAGAUUCUCAAUAUCACCAGUAUGAAGAAAGAAGAUGAGCGACAGAAAGCUGCCAGCAUGCCCAUACAUAUUUAAUAAUCAAGAGAUUAUAUUCACGAAGCACAGAUAUAGACCUGCGGAUUGUUCUGCUAUUACCAGUCAGUCAUCACUUUGUCAUAAUAGUAUUUUGAUUAGGCCAUGGUAAAACAAAUAAA